UCAGAUGAACUAAAAGCAGCAGCAUUGGUGGAAGAAGAUGUGGAACCUGAUGAAAAUGCAGUUGAUGGGGAGCCUUCAGCAAAGUAUGCAUGUCCAGAAAAAGACUUCAGUAAGAACUGCCAAAGCUACCAAAACUCUCCAGCAGCUGAGUUCUCUAGCCAUGAAAUGGACAGUGAGUCCCACAUCAGUGAGACAAGUGACCGCAUGGCAGACUUUGAGAGCAGCUCCAUUAAAAAUGAGGAAGAGAGCAAGGAGGUUUCCAUACCACUGGAAGACUCUACGGUGUCUGAUAGUUUAGAACAAAUGAAGGCCGUGUAUAAUAACUUCCUCUCCAACUCCUACUGGUCCAAUCUCAAUUUGAACCUUCACCAGCCAAUUUCAGAAAAAAAUAACGGUAGCAGCAGCAGUAGCAGCAGCAGCAGCAGCAGUUGUGGAAGUGGCAGCUUUGACUGGCACCAGACUGCGAUGGCCAAAACACUGCAGCAAGUCUCUCAGAGCAGAAUUCUGCCUGAACCAAGCCUUUUUAGCACAGUCCAGCUAUACAGACAGAGCAGUAAGCUCUAUGGCUCUAUAUUCACUGGAGCCAGUAAAUUCCGCUGUAAAGACUGCAGUGCUGCCUACGAUACUUUAGUAGAAUUAACAGUGCACAUGAAUGAAACAGGACAUUAUCGAGAUGACAACCAUGAAACAGAUAACAAUAACCCCAAAAGAUGGUCCAAACCUCGCAAACGUUCUUUGCUUGAAAUGGAGGGGAAAGAAGAUGCCCAGAAAGUGCUAAAAUGUAUGUACUGUGGUCAUUCAUUUGAAUCUCUUCAGGAUUUGAGUGUUCAUAUGAUCAAAACAAAACACUACCAAAAAGUGCCUCUGAAGGAACCUGUUACCCCUGUAGCAGCAAAAAUUAUCCCAGCUACUAGAAAGAAAGCAUCACUGGAGCUUGAACUUCCAAGUUCUCCAGACUCCACAGCUGGGACACCAAAAGCCACAAUCUCAGAUAGUAACGAUGCACUUCAAAAGAAUUCCAAUCCCUACAUUACGCCAAAUAACCGCUAUGGUCACCAGAACGGUGCCAGCUACGCCUGGCACUUUGAAGCAAGGAAAUCUCAGAUUCUGAAGUGCAUGGAAUGUGGAAGUUCGCAUGACACCCUGCAGGAGCUCACAGCUCACAUGAUGGUGACAGGACAUUUUAUUAAAGUCACUAACUCUGCCAUGAAAAAAGGGAAACCAAUUAUAGAAGCCCCAGCCACACCGACAAUAACAUCCUUAGUAGAUGAGAAGGUCCAGUCUGUUCCGCUAGCUGCCACAACCUUUACAUCUCCUUCCAACACACCUUCUAGUGUUUCCCCUAAAUUAAAUGUUGAGAUUAAAAAAGAAGUAGAUAAGGAAAGAGUCAUUACUGAUGACAAAAUGAAAGACAAAGAGAAGUCAAGUGAAGAUGAGGAGAAGUAUGAUAUCUCCUCAAAAUACCAUUACUUGACUGAAAAUGACCUAGAAGAAAGCCCUAAGGGGGGAUUAGAUAUAUUGAAGUCUUUAGAAAACACGGUUACAUCAGCUAUAAACAAAGCCCAGAAUGGCACACCGAGCUGGGGUGGCUACCCCAGCAUUCAUGCUGCCUACCAGCUGCCUAAUAUGAUGAAGCUGUCGUUGGGCUCAUCUGGGAAGAGUACACCUUUAAAACCUAUGUUUGGAAACAAUGAACUAGUAUCACCAACUAAGAACCAGCCCUUAGUGUCGCCACCCAGCAGUCAAACCUCACCCGUGCCAAAAACAAACUUCCAUGCCAUGGAAGAAUUGGUGAAGAAAGUCACUGAGAAGGUGGCUAAAGUGGAGGAGAAGAUGAAAGAGCCCGAAGGAAAGCUGUCUCCACUGAAGCGUGCAACGCCUUCGCCAUGCAGCAGUGAAGUCAGUGAACCCCUUAAGAUGGAGCCCCCCAAUGAUGGUGGCUUUAAAAGCCAGCAGAACAGCCCAGUUCCUCAGAGAGAAGGUUGCAAAGAUAGUCCAACUGUAGAACCUGUGGAAAAUGGGAAAGAACCUGUGAAAUCCAUUGUAGGUUCUUUAAGCAGCAGCACAGCCAUCAUUACUGACCACCCUCCUGAACAGCCAUUUGUAAAUCCAUUAAGUGCACUGCAAUCCGUCAUGAAUAUUCACCUUGGUAAGGCAGCAAAGCCAUCCUUGCCUGCUCUGGACCCAAUGAGCAUGCUUUUUAAAAUGAGCAACAGUUUGGCAGAAAAGGCUGCAGUGGCCACCCCACCUCUACAGUCCAAAAAAUCAGACCACUUAGACCGUUAUUUUUAUCAUGUCAACAAUGACCAACCCAUAGAUUUGACGAAAGGCAAGAGUGACAAAAGCUGCUCUUUGGGUUCAGCGCUUUUGUCAUCCACAUCGACAUCUUCUGCAUCUUCUUCAUCUACAGUGACAACAGCAAAGACAUCUGCAGUCGUGUCAUUCAUGUCAAACUCGCCGCUACGCGAGAAUGCCUUGUCAGAUAUAUCUGAUAUGCUGAAGAACCUGACAGAAAGUCACACAUCAAAAUCUUCCACACCUUCCAGCAUAUCUGAGAAAUCUGACAUUGAUGGUACCACAAUAGAGGAACCAGAAGAGAGUACACCAGCUCAGAAAAGGAAGGGACGUCAGUCUAACUGGAACCCUCAGCACUUGCUCAUAUUGCAGGCCCAGUUUGCAGCCAGUUUACGGCAGACUUCAGAGGGGAAAUACAUCAUGUCAGACUUGAGCCCUCAAGAAAGAAUGCACAUUUCCAGGUUUACGGGACUCUCAAUGACCACAAUUAGCCACUGGCUGGCCAAUGUGAAAUACCAGCUCCGAAGGACGGGGGGAACUAAGUUCCUUAAAAAUUUGGACACUGGGCACCCAGUGUUCUUUUGUAAUGACUGUGCUUCACAGAUCAGAACUCCUUCAACUUAUAUCAGUCAUCUUGAAUCGCAUCUGGGUUUCAGGUUAAGAGACUUGUCCAAACUGUCCAGUGAACAGAUUAACAAUCAGAUAGCACAAGCAAAGUCACCGUCUGAAAAACUGGUGACGUCCUCUCCGGAGGAAGAUAUCGGAACUUCUUAUCAGUGCAAACUUUGUAACAGGACUUUUGCAAGCAAGCAUGCUGUUAAACUUCAUCUUAGUAAAACACAUGGGAAGUCACCAGAGGAUCAUCUUCUGUAUGUUUCGGAGUUAGAGAAGCAGUAG